AUGCCUGGGUUCAAGGUCCUCAUUAUCGGCGCUGGGCCAACAGGUCUUCUAGCGGCGCUUGCGCUGCAAAGAGCAGGAAUUGAUUUCACGAUCUUGGAGAGGAGAAAAGAAGCUGAUUUAAAUUGGGGUGCUUCGGUAUGUCUUUGGCCACAGAGCGCGAGAGUUCUGGAUCAGCUUGGUUUGCUUGAUGAAGCACGCUCGCUGCAUUUGCCGGUGAGGAAGAAAUGCAAUCUUAGGCGGGAUGGAAGCGUUAUGAGUUGGAGUAACAUGAUGGAGAACCUUGGUCACUAUCACGGUCAUGAAUGGAUGCUCUUCCAACGCGGCGAUCUGGUCAAUCUUCUCAUGGGCGAUCUUUCCGAUAUAACGAACCAACUCCUCGUCGACAAACAAGUCACCUCAAUCGCCUCGGGCCCCGAUGGUGUUGAGGUCAAGUGCGCAGAUGGUCAUACAUACAGCGGCGAUCUCAUUAUCGGUGCAGACGGUAUCAACAGCACAACACGAACCUUCGUCGACGGCAUCGGUCCUGAUGCUGCAAGCGGCGACUUUACAACAACCUUCUACGGUUUCUACGGCCACGGCACCACUGUAUCCAAAGAUCUCGAACCUGGCGUCGAUUACGAAUGUCACUCCGAGGGUUUCAGCGCCCAACUCAUCAUGCCGUCGCACGAGAAAUACUUCUUCACCAUUUACCUCAAACUCGAUAAGCCAACAACCGAUCGCUAUUACAUCUCCGCUGAGGAAGCCGAUGCACUUGCAAAGAAAUAUGGUGAUAUUUAUCUCGCCCCAGGGGUUACGUUUAAAGAAGUCUGGGCCGCAAAGAACUGGACUCACACCGCUCCAUUCGAAGAAGGCGUCGCAAAGAAGUGGUUCAGAGACCGCGUCGUCCUCGUCGGCGACUCCGUUCACAAAAUGACACCCAACAUUGGCUUCGGCCUAAACACAGGAUGGCAAUCCACCGUCGUGCUGAUCAACCUUCUCCGCGACCUUCUUCGCGAUAACCCGAACCCCGAUAUAAAGGAGCUUACAAAGACGUUUGAGGAGUACAAAAAUACACGCUUCAACCAUGUUACCAAGGACGUUGAACUAGCGGGUACGACGACGCGGUCGGUCAUGUGGGAUAAUUUCUUGUGGAAGUUUUUGGAUCAGUAUAUUAUGCCGUAUAUCAACGGCGAUACUAUCUUGGCGAAGCUUAUGUGCUCGCCGACGGUUCAGAAGGCUGUGACAUUGAACUUUUUGCCGGAGCCGAAUUUUAAGGAGGGGCUGUUGAAGUGGCAUAAUAAGCCGGUUAUUGUGAAGGAGUGA